AUACGCACCACCUCUUCUCUUCUCGUUGCCUCAAACUAAAACUCUCUUUCCGUUGUCCCUUUAAAUUUAAUCUUGAGCCUAUUUUGCCUUAAAGUCACAUAUAAAAAAUUUAUAUCAUUUAUCUUUUGCACGAAUUAGAUUAAAUAAAAAUUAAUUGUGCUUUGUUGCACCCUCGAUGAGGGGAGUGGGAUUAAAGGGAAGUAGAAGCAGUAAUGGAGAGUCCAUAUCGCAGCGAGGGAUCUCGGCCAUCUCUAGGCUUUCCUUUGGGGACUGCCCUCCUCUUGGUCGUGAUCUUUAGCCUUAGUGGCAUAUUUUCCUGCCUCUACCAUUGGGAUAAGCUCCGCUCCCUCCGCCGCUCGGACCACGACCUCGAGGCAGAUGGUGAUCAAGGCCCUUCCAAACCUAAAGUCCUCCACACGAAUUUAAAGCAAGAGAAGAACCAGAGCUUGCCGGUUAUAAUGGCUGGGGAUGAUGUUCCAAGGUUCAUAGCAAUGCCAUGCCCGCGUGAGUCAUCGGUACGUGCGAAAGUCACAGUUGAGGUGAAGAAGCCGCCCAAGCCACCACCUCGAAUAGCAGUGCCUUUGUAUUAAUUACUUAAUACAAAUUAUAACUGAGAAAUUGUUUGAUGUUUAUUUCUAGACUUCAAUUAAAUUUCAUUUUAAUUACGUAAAUUGUAAAUAUGAAGUUAGUGAAACAUACCGUUUGGAUAAAUGCUUCAAUUAUUAUA